CAGGACAAACUACAAAAAUAAGUGAGUAUAAAUCCACGCUAACAGAGUACAAAGUAAACAUGCGAGGACAAAUCUGAUUGGUCAAUUUGUCAAGUAUAUAAAUUGAUUUUCUCCAUCUCUUAAGUGUGUAUAAUCACGAUCAACCAAUCACAGCUAGAGCUUAUACUACUUUUCUCAUCUGCAGACAUAUAUAUAUAUAUAUUUAUAAGGACAUGAAAAGCAUUGCAUAACGUGAGUAUUCUACAGUUACUCAUUAAAAAAAUAAUAAUAAAAGGAAUUUACGCUGUCUUUGAGUAACAUAUGUACAUAGAAGAUAAAUCCAAGUGAGCUGUAGCCGGAAUACACACCUCCUUAUCAACAAUAUAAUGACAUUUGCCGUUAGACAGCGGUUUUUAUUUCACACUAUCCUCAUAGUCAGUUUAAAUAUUCUUAUUGCAUGGAAGUAUACCACAUGCGCAGCUUAUGGUGAUCAAAGUUAUCAAUUUCAAACAAAUUCAGACUACACCUAUGAGCUACCCGAUUCACAAGGCUUUCUAGUUGAAUUUAAUCAACAGUGGCCGUCUAAAGAUGUUAAUACAAAACUAGGAGUAGUAUCAUCGAUUAAAGGAGCCGAUGAAUCUGGCUCAGAUGUCUAUGUUCUACAUCGUGGUGACAGAAUAUGGGAUAUGAACACAUUUGAUCAACAGAAUAACUAUCGUCUAAAUAAAUCUGAACCAAUCAAAGAUGGGGUUUUAGUACGUAUACUCGAUGGAGAGAUAAGAGAAACAUAUUUACCUGAAAAAUUUUAUCUUCCACAUGGACUGACAAUAGAUCCUGAUGGAAACUUCUGGAUAACAGAUGUUGCUUUACAUCAGGUUUUCAAAUUCUCUCCACACUUAUCAAGCGAACCAUUAUUAGUGUUAGGUGAACGAUUUAAACCUGGGUCUGGUGAAAAUCAGUUUUGUAAACCAACUGAUGUUGUCGUCAGUACAAAUGGUCAAGUAUUUAUUUCUGACGGGUACUGCAAUAGUCGUAUCAUGAAAUUCGAUGGAUCUGGGAAACUUUUAAAAUCAUGGGGUCAUGAAACGAAAAAUCGAACACAUCCUGGACCAGAUGAACUUAACCUACCGCAUCAAUUAGCACUGUUUGAAAAUGAGGAUACACUAUGCGUAGCAGACAGAAUUAAUGCACGUGUUGUCUGUUAUAAAGCUGGUUUAUAUUCUGAUAAUAAUGAAGAUACUGGAAAAUAUUUAUUUGAAUAUAUUCAAUCAGAAUCGAGACCUAUUUAUGGUGUUACAAUUGAACCAAAAAAAAAAUUAAUAUUCGCUCUUGUUGGAUCAACUGAAGGCAAAGACGAUUCAAAAGUGGAAAUUAUUGAUUUUACUACACAAAAUAAAAUUGACGAAAUCAAAAAUGAUUGGAAGACGGGUUUCGGUGAUGUACACUCAAUAUCAACUUGUCCAUAUGCAUGGAAAACAAGUUGUCUACUAUUCUGUAAUACAAAUACACCAUCACACUUAAAAGGACAAUUAUCUCAGAGAGUGGAAGGGAAUUCAGAAGAACAAGAUGAAGCACUACAAGAAGAACUUGAUCGACGUUUAUGGCUUUAUCAUUUAUCAUUUGAUACUGAACAGAAUCGAAUUUAUUAA